AUGUUUUUCCUCCGGGUAACUCUGGUGCUUCUUGCAGCAGUUAGCGUAGCUUCGGCUUACCGAAGAGUAUGCUACUACACUAACUGGGCACAAUACAGAAACAGUGCAGGAAAGUUCUUUCCUGAGAAUGUAGACCCUACACUUUGCACACAUAUCAUCUACUCAUUCGCCAAAAUGGUUGGAAAUAAAUUACAUCCAUAUGAAUGGAAUGACGAAAGUACUCCUUGGAUGAAGGGGAUGUACGCGAGAUUUACAGACUUAAAGAAAAGUAAUCCAAGCUUGAAACUAGAACUUGCUGUUGGUGGAUGGAACAUGGCAUCCGCACCUUUUACCAGAAUGGUUGCCUCUGCUUCAAGUCGUCAAGAAUUUGCCACAUCUACUGUCAAAUUCUUAAGGGACCACGGCUUUGAUGGCCUUGAUCUUGAUUGGGAAUACCCAGCAAACCGAGGCAGUCCUCCAGGAGAUAAGCAAAAAUUCAUCGAAUUGUUGAAGACUUUACGAAGGGAAUUUGACGCUGAAGCCCAAACAAGUGGCAAACCAGCUCUGCUUUUAUCAGCUGCUACACCUGCAGGCAAGGAAAACAUAGAUUCCGGUUACAACUUCCCAGAAAUGGUCAAGUACUUGGAUAUGUUUAAUUUGAUGACCUAUGACUUACAUGGAAGCUGGGAAGAUAAAACUGGACACCACUCACCACUCUACAGUCAUCCAUCAGAAUCAGGAAAUAAAACGUACCUUAAUAUAGACUGGGUUACCAAAUAUUAUGUAAAGAAUGGAGUACCCCCUUCAAUGAUUAAUGUCGGAUUAGGAUUGUAUGGAAGGAGUUUUACACUGGCAAGCGCUAGCAAUACAGGUCUUGGCGCCCCUGCUAGAGGAGCCGGGCCCGCUGGUCAGUUCACUCGGGAGAAAGGAUUCCUCGCCUAUUAUGAGGUUUGUGCAAUGUUAAAGUCUGGUGGUUCUAAACAUUACAUUCCUGAGCAGAAAAGCCCAUACGCAGUAAAAGGAACAGAAUGGGUUGGAUACGACGAUGUUGAUAGCUUAAAAGAAAAAGUGAAGUACAUUAAGGAUCAUCAUUUUGGUGGAACUAUGGUAUGGGCGUUAGAUCUUGAUGAUUUCAGUGGUUCAUGUGGACAGGGGAAGUAUCCUUUACUUCAUGCCAUCAAUGACGAAUUAAAUGCUGCAGGUGGAACAAAUGUAAAACCUGUUACAAAUGCUCCCCAACCGACAACUCAAGCUCCACAACCUACAACUCAAGCUCCACAACAUACCAACAACCCAACUCAGCCAACAACACAACCACCACGAUCAACAACACGGGUACCACAGCCAACACAAGCCCAACAAGUGACCACCAAAGGACCACGUCCAACGCACCAGGCACACCACGUUGGCCCUACUACAAACUUUAACUGUAAUGGCAGAAAAAGUGGAUUUUAUCCAAGCCCUUCUGCUUGCGACAGUUAUUACAUUUGUGCUGCCUCACUAGCUUUCGAAGUUAAAUGUGCCAGCGGAUUACUCUUCAAUUCUGUGUCUAAGUACUGUGAUUCGCAAUAUAAUGUCAAAUGUUCAACCAGUCAGAACCCUCAACCAACAACCAAAGCACCUUUCACUCAAGCUCCUGUCGUGACAACGAGGAAAGCUGUUGCUACUCAGGCACCUGGAACACAAGCUCCUAUUGUAAUCACUCAGGCUCCUGUAACUCAAGCCCCUGUCGUGAUAACUCAGGCUCCUUCAAACGGAAACAAUAAACAGGAAUUCUGUAAAAACAAGCCUGAUGGUCACUACAGAGACCCAACUGACUGUGGAGAAUUCUACCAAUGUUCUUUUGGUCUAACUUUCCAUGAAUACUGUGCUCCAGGUACCGUAUUCAAUGAACAACUUGUCAGUUGUGAUUAUCCAAUCCAUGUCCCGGGCUGUCUUAACUACGGUGGAUAGAGAUGGAGAAACUAACACGGAACAGUAUA